AUGUCCAACAGCGGAGUGUUUGGACCCACCCCUCCCGGUGUCGACCUGUCCGAGACGCACAAUGCAGCCGUGGUCGAAGCAGUCGUCAGUUUGAUGGUGAUUGGCACCGUUGCCGUGGUUUUGCGCUUUGUGAGCCAGUUCCUGCGCGAUGGUAGAAAGUUUUUGUCAUGGGAUGACUACUUGAUCAUCCCGGCACUGGUGUUGGCCCAUGGCACAGCAAUCUGCUCGUUGGUCAGUCUCCCAUAUGGAGGAGGAAAACACCUCUGGGUCUUGUCAGCACAGGACUUUACGACGAUUUGGCAGAUUCUUUUCGCAUACGUGAUGAUCUACGCAGGCGCUGUCAGCUUCACCAAGGCAUCCAUUGUCAUGUUCUACUGGCGUCUUUUCCACCAGAAGUGGACAACCUACGUCUGUCUCUUUCUGGUGUGGAGCUACUUCGUGGUCAUUAUCGUCACGAUCAAUACCGGCUGCCAGCCGUUGGAGUACUUUUGGACUCAGUACACGACCCCUGGGGCAGAGGGUCAUUGCAUCAAUGUGUCGUUGUUCUUCUUCGCAAACGGCAUCUGGGCCAUGCUUGUCGAUGUCUGCAUCUUGAUCACUCCCAUCCGACCCAUCUACAAAUUGCACAUGUCGAGAAACAUGAAGAUCAUGAUCGCCGGAGUCCUCGGACUCGGUGCCUUUGUUUGCAUUGCGUCUAUCGUACGGAUAAUCACCAUCCACCAUCUGAUCAACAGUGGCGACCUGACCUGGGCCAUGUCGAGCGUCUUCAUCUGGUCCUGCUGCGAGCCGUUCAUUGGCAUUGUAUGCGCUUGCAUUCCCUGCUACGCGCCCCUCUUCCGGCGGAUUUGGAAACAAGCUCACACUUCAUCACGAUCAAAGGGUACCUCGGCCGUCUCGGGUGGGAAAGUGUCAGGCCAGGAUAGCAAGGCGAGCCAGAAUGCGUCCAAAGGUCAACGAUCCUGGAAUCGUAUUCAAAGUGACGACGAAGUCCAACUUACAAACUUUGCUGAUGGGCCAGGGAGCAUGCGAACCAAGGGCAGCGAUGAAGCAUCUGGAUUGAAAGACAUGCACGUCAAGACUUGGGAAGCCCAUGCCGUCUGA